GAGAUAGUGGGCUAGAAACCAGCCUGAGAGCCACUGUGAGUGGGUAAAGAUUUCAAGGAACUGAAAGGAUGGUUUAUUCUAUACAGAGUUCAGUACGCAAAAUUCAGUCCAAGUGACUUGGUAGAGUAUUAACAAGGUUAUAACAACUUUGAUACCCAUUCUUACAACUACUUCAUGUUCAUCUCACCACAAUUAUUCCAAUGAGUUAUAGAUUUGAGAUGCAGUCAACCAGUAAAACGAGAAGGGGGCGCAUCAUUUAACGCCUACACAUAUACAUGAAGACGUGAGGGAGGCAUAAUCAAACUGACAAGCACCCCCUGGAACCCACACACUUUGCACAGAGUAAAUUGGCACAGCAUUUGGAGACUCCAGUGCACGAGUCUGUGGAGGAGAGCGAGCACCGACCGGAUUACAGGAGACAGUUAGAAGGCUGCAGAGGACAACAAAGGAUUCAAAAACAAAAGGGGAAACAACUAUAAAGAUAUGCAAAAAUGUGUGAUUAAUGUUAAAGGAAUAAGAGAGUGGAAACAGAACAGGAUAGAACUAUUGCCGAAAGGCAAGGCGUACAACAGAGAGUCCCGGGGUUACACAUCCUUCCUUUCAAAGAGUGCGUGGACUAUUCAGAAUUGAGGUUAUAAUUCAGAAGUGGAUCGAAACAACAAGCAAGCUGCACAACAGAAUAACUUGUUGUUUUUAAGUGGUCUUCACAGGGGGAUGCUGUCCGUGCACACAUUGACAGUUGCCAUGCCGAUACCAAAUCUUUCGCAGUAGACUACUUGCCAGGGCGGAGUCCAGCCUCCCACCCUACUUAUACACCUACUGACCACCUGGUGAUCACUGGUGCCAUGGGAACAGCACGGGCCAACAGGUACAACUUCGCAGCACCAGAUGAGGAGGGCCUGAAAAUCUCCACACUUGGGCUCCACAACGGCCACAGCUCGCCAAAUAGCCGGUUCCACUCCCCUAGUGGCACAUCCGGAGGAGAUAGGAUAUCAGGAGCCACAGGUCGUAGGAUGAACAAUUACAACGGAAAGAUCUCUACUACAGGAUCGAGCCAACUAAGAAGUCGCUUCGUCAAGAAAAAUGGGCAUUGCAACGUGGUGUUCUCUAACAUGGAGGAGAAAUCACAACGUUACCUGGCCGACAUCUUUACCACCUGCGUGGACAUCCGCUGGAGAUACUUACUACUCCUCUUCUGCUCGACCUUCCUGUCCUCCUGGAUGUUUUUUGGAAUAAUCUUUUAUUCAGUUUCCAGAGCCCAUGGGGAUUUUGAUGAGCACCCUGGAAUGAGUUCCUCUUCGGGGUUGGAAGGGAAUGGGCUUGGGGUUGGUGAAGUUGAAGGUGUGCAGAAAACGUGGCAGCCAUGCCUCCUUCAUGUGGAGGGCUUCGUCGGAGCCUUCCUAUUCUCCGUCGAGACCCAGACCACCAUUGGUUAUGGGUGGCGCUGUGUCACUGAGGAGUGCCCUGUGGCAGUGAUCACAGUGGUGGUCCAGUCCAUAGUGGGCUGCAUCAUUGACUCCUUCAUGCUUGGCACAAUCAUGGUCAAAAUGGCACGCCCUAAGAAGAGGAACCAGACCCUGCUGUUCUCGAAAACCGCUGUGAUUUCCCUGCGCGAUGGCAAGCUGUGCCUCAUGUGGCGGGUGGGUAACCUGCGCAGGAGCCACAUCGUAGAGGCCCAUGUGCGGGCACAGCUCAUUCGACCCUACGUCACGGCAGAGGGAGAGUUUAUCCCUCUAGAGCAGAGGGAUCUCAACGUAGGCUACGAUGAAGGCAUUGACCGUCUCUUCCUGGUUUCUCCUCUGGUUAUCGUCCAUGAGAUCGACGAGGACAGCCCCCUGUACACUGUGAGCCGGGCUGAUCUGGAGUCUGAUGACUUUGAGAUCGUAGUGAUCUUGGAGGGCAUGGUGGAGGCCACCGCCAUGACCACCCAGGCCCGCAGCUCCUAUCUGGCCAAGGAGAUCCUAUGGGGGCAUAGGUUUGAGCCUGUGAUCUUUGAGGACCGAACCAAGUAUCAGGUGGACUAUGCUCGCUUCCACAAGACCUACGAGGUGCCCUCCACACCCCACUGCAGCGCCAAGGAGCUCAGUGAGAUGGCCAGCCGGCCUGCCUCAUCCGCCUCAUCCCACUCACUAUUCCCAACCAGCCCCAGAAUCACCCAGCACCUCGUAACCCCCCACUCCCCCAGCGCCUUCUGCUAUGAGAAUGAGGUAGCACUGAGCUGUGGAGAGGACGAGGAUGAACUGGAUAGGCAAAAGGGAAAAGACAGGGAGGAGGAAAGGAGGAAUUCAGUUUCUGUAGACUUUCAUAAUUUGUUUCAGGACACAGGCACAAUGACAUCCGGCAGCAACAUGCUGUGUGUUUUGGACAAUCAGAUGGAUUUUGACAUUCUACAGACGACCAUUACUCGUGAUCCACUGACAUAUAAAAGUGAGUCAGGAAUCUGAGGCAAAGGGAUGGCACCCUCAGACCCUUCCCAACCCCUCCAUUCAUAUAGUUGAAGUCGGAAGUUUACACACACUUAGAGUCAUUAAAACUAGUUUUUCAACCACUCCACAAAUGUCUUGCUAACAAACUAAGUCAUUUUUUUCAACAAUUGUUUACAGACAGACUA